AUGUGGAUCAAUGAGACCCAGCUGAAGAAACUUAAAUUGGCCUGGCUAAGACUUUUCCAAGAGCGAAAACGGAGAAAGUCGAAUUCGGAUUUUAUUUGGUUCCUGAGUGACGUUGGUUUCGCUUACGCUGUCAACUUCCUCCUCGAAGCCAAACACUUAAUUAAGGUGCUCAUGGUGGCUUUCGUCGUGCCCAACAUCCCGAAUGCUUACUUCUUGGCUGCGCUGGCGGAAGGAGAGGCUAACACUUCUGUGAUUUUUUUGCUUGCGUAG